AUGUGUGUGCCUAAGAAGCAUGGUGGUAUGGGUUUUAAGAGGCUGCAUGAAUUUAAUUUGGCACUACUAGGGAAGCAGGGGUGGCGACUUUUAACCAAUCCGGAAUCCUUAAUGGCCCAAAUUUUUAAGGCAAGAUAUUAUCGUGAUACUACCUUUUAUGAGGCCUCCUUGGGAGGUAAUCCGAGCUAUGUAUGGAGAAGCAUUAUGGCCAGUGAGAGCCUGAUUCGUAGUGGUUGCAGGCGCAGAAUUGGUAAUGGCAGAACAACCAAGGUUUGGUCACACUCGUGGUUACCUGACACCCAGAAUCCGUUUGUGCUUACUGAUCAAGUUACCCAACCCCCGGAUCUCAUGGUAGCUGACCUGUUGGAUCAUGAUCAGGGGAGAUGGAACCAUGAGCUGGUUUCUCAAUUGUUUGAUCCCAGGGAUACUGGAUUAAUAUUACAAAUCCCAGUGAGUAUUAAUUUCAAGGAUGACUGGUUUUGGAAAGGGGAUAUCAGGGGACAAUAUACGGUUAAAGAUGGCUAUAGAUGCCAAGGGGAGUUGAUCACCACCCCAGACGCAGUCUGGAACAACAUUUGGAAGCUUAGGGUCCCUCCCAAGUGGAGGAUUUUUCUAUGGAAGGCCCUUUCUAAUAUUUUUCCAACUAUUACCAACUUGGUUAGAAGGAGAGUAGAGAUUCCUAAUAUUUGCCCGGCUUGUGGAGAUUAUGAGGAGGAUAUUAUGCAUAUUUUAUGCACUUGUAUUUAUGCUAGACGUGUGUGGAAUGUUUCACGCCUUCAUAUCCCUAACGUUGAUGGUUAUGAUUUUAUGCAGUGGGUGGAGGCUUGGCUGGGAACCUCAGCAAUAUCUGCUGGGUUUCUAAAAGAACAGAUAUGUGGAAUACUCUACGAAAUUUGGAGAGCUCGGAAUAUGGCUGUUUGGGAUUUUAUUCUAUCGACCCCCUCGCAUCUAUGUCACGGUUUUCACGGUACUUGGUCUGUCUGGGCAUCGAACAACGCGCCGGCUGCUCCCCCCAUUCCGGCUGCUCCCCUCGUUCCGGCUGCCCCCUUACUGCCGUCAGCUCCGGAAAUGGCGACGUUGCUGCCGCUGGAUGUGGUAAUCUGCUACGCUGAUGCCGGAUUCCACGGCACGUCCCCGUCUUUUGGUUUUUAUGUAUGCAGUGCAGAGGGUGAUUUUGUUGCGGCUGCUAACGGACCUCUUAUAUGCCCGUAUGAUCCUCUCCUAGCUGAAGCCAUGGCAAUACGAGAAGCUCUAUCAUGGCUACAAGAACACAAUUUUCACAACAUUGUGAUUUUUUCGGAUUGUGCGGUCCUUGUUUCUUGCUUUCGCGAUGCGAGUUCCUAUCGUUCGUACCUAGGUGUUAUCUUAGAUUCAUGUUUGCAUUUAUUUCGCUCUUUUCAUUCUUGCUCCAUUAAAUUUGUACGCAGAGAUGCCAAUACGGUAGCUCAUGCCUUAGCAAAGCAUGUCAGUGCGGUUGACACUCGUACUGUCUGGAGGGAUUCUCUUCCUUCCUUUGUUUCGUCUACAGUUUAA